AUGACCUACGCCUCAGCCCUAACGCACUACCACCGCCUCCCUGCCCUUCGAGGCCUCUUCAAGCCAUUACUCCGCCGUCUAGUGCACAAGAUGCUCCACCGCGACAUGUGGUCAUACUGGUACCUCACCUCCCAGUCCGGGAUCAUGGUCGACCCGAGCCUGAAGGAGCUCCGCAGGCCGUGGGCGAAUCCGGUCGUGAGGGAAAACAUCAUGUAUAGUGGUCAUCUGCUGCUCAUGACGAGUCUCUAUGCGAUGCUGUUCGAUGACGAUGAAUUUGAGAGGGCGGGGAGUUUGAGCUUUCGAUGGAAUACCCUGCUCUGGGGGAUGGGGCCGAAGAUGUUCGAGUAUGAUAAUCGGAGUUUGCAAAAAGCUGUGCUGGAGGAGAUGAAGCGGAAUGAAUGGGUGGGGGUGUGCUGUGAGCCGAAUUUGGUGUUCGUGGCGUGUAAUCAGUUUCCGAUCAUUGCUAUCCGCAUGAAUGAUGUGCGUGAUGGUACGAACGUGUUGGACGAGGUUCUUGAGAAAUAUAAGUCCGCGUUAGAAAAGCACGGAAUGAUCUCUCGAAACGACCUCUACAAAGACUGGCUUAUGUUGAAGCAGAGUCAAGUGGUGACUGCGAAAAGUGUGGGAUUUACCGCGUGGGCCGCUGCAUUCAUAAACUCCUGGAACCCCGAAUUUGUUCGUGUCGGCUUCACCAACCACGCCACUGGAUUCAUUACGAACAUUGACGGUCAAAUCGAGCUCCAGAAUCCCAUGGUUGCCGGUGCCUACGGGGCCACUCUCGCUCGGGGGGGGACGGAUCUCAAAGACCCGUCGCAGAUUUUGCAGGACGCUCGGGAAUUCUACAAAGCAAAUCGCUCAAGAAUCAAGUUCCCCUACAACGAGCCGACCUUCGGAUAUGUCGUCCAGUGGCUCUCGGAGUUGGGAAAACGGCGAACUGACGGCCAGAAGAAAUUGUUUGACGGCCCGUGGACGAAAGAUAUCCUGGCUGAUUGGCCGUAUGUGGAUGGGCUUGAUUUAUCGCAAGGCGUCGACUGUUUGCGAGGUUUAUGGGACCAGCAGCGUGGUGAUUUGAUCCUCACUGUCCGUGAGUGGACAGGUCGGGGGGCUGAUAUCGCCUUCGACGUUAAGAACCUUCCAUCGGGCAUCUGGACUGUGUUUACCUCCCGGGGACACUCCACAGAGCAUGAUUUUCCGGGAGGAGGUCAGAUUUCCGUGAACACGACGGUCCACGGCAAGGAGGAAAUUGAUUUCGUAGUCUUCAGACGCGCGUAA